CGUCUUGAAUGCGUUAAGCUUGUAUAUAUGCGGCUCUGCGACGCGAACUCAAAAUGACUCACACUUGUGUUCGGGCUACCAUUCAACUUUGUUCCACAUACUCACAGGGUACUAUCAACUCCUUGAAUGUGCCAUAUCAAUCCAAGAUCUCUUUGAACUUUUUCCCAACCUCGAGUCACGCAGCUGCGUUUUGAAUCAGUAUACCGCAAAGAUGUCACCUCCAGCCCUUCCAAUUCAUAAAGCAACAACGAAACAAUACUACGCAACAGAUUCACCCUGGGAAGCCAAGAUUGGCUACUACCGUGCAGUCCGCCGUGGUCCCUUCAUCUUCAUCUCGGGCACUACAGCCGUCGACCCAAGCUCCGACCCAAACAACCCCAAGGUGCUUCAUCCUGGCGAUGCAGGCGCUCAAGCCCAUGUGACCUUCCAAGAGAUUAUCAAAGCCAUCAAAGCUUUGGGAGGAAAAGGAGCAGAAAAUAUUGUGCGUACAAAGAUGUUUGUGCAGAAGCAGGAGGACUGUGGUGCAGUAGCGGAAGCGUACAGCAAGGUACUGGGGAAACAGAAUGGUGAUGGGUUUGGCUCGACUGCGACUAUGCUUGUGGUUGGUGGAUUUGUGGAUCCUGAGAUGUUGGUGGAGAUUGAAUGCGAUGCCAUGGUGGACGAUGAGGCUUGAGAUGAGAUGGAGAGUUUCUCAGUGGCGUGCUGACGCAUCGGCGCUCGUUCUUUGAGUCUGAUGAGUUUACUCAAGAUAGCUAGCUACCAGUCCUCCUUGAUGAUGGAAAUCACCUAGAUGCCCAGUAUCUGCACACCCGGUAUCACAACUUUCGUCGCAGCUAUCAACCCUCCAACCCCAUCCAACAAACCCACUUGACAACACAAUCGCCCGAAACAGAGUCAGCGCACUCGGCGUCAAACCAGUCUCAUCGCAAAUGAAAAGAGCAUCGUCAGUGACAGGUGAAUGAAGCCCAGGAUGCAUGCCGCCAGAUUGCGAAAAAUAAAUUGGUUCUCUGCGCUGACCUGCAUAGCUCAUGCUCGAAUUGCAUGUCCAACCGUGCACGUGACUGCAGCUGGGCUUUGCGUGUAGCGGUCCUGACGUGCAGUAGCUGUUCUCUGGAGGACGACAAUCGCAGAGUGAAUGCACUAUAUACUGAACUGAUGGGAA